UUCAUACUAACCCUCUUCAUACAAAGCUCAAUAUCGUCACACAAAAGGGAAUUGGAAGGGAAGGAAUUUGAAGAAUGAGCCGUGUAAAUUUUAGGGUGAUUUUAUCUUAAUAAAAAUGUGUACGCGUGAUCAGAAAGGGUUAAAACAUGCGUUCACAUAAAUAGUAAUUAGUAAUGGCCUAUUAAUUCUUAGUCUUCUCUAUUCUAAAAACUUUCAAUUUCCCCACAAACUACAACGGCAUUUUAAUGAUAAAUAACUGACUAAUACACUUGUUAUCUUUGAUACAAGCACAUCUUAUCUUUGUCUGUUGUCCGCAUUCAAUACAAUGCAUACGCGUGUGUAGUGGUUGUAACGAUUGAAAUUGAAAAAGACAUAUAUUAAAAAAAUUAACAAGUGCAGAAAUGAUUCCAUUAAAAUAACAAAACAUUUAGUUACCUAUUAUUUACGUAACGUAACUUAACCUAACGUCAAGUAUUGUUGUAUUUAUAAUUGUAGGUGCGUACUAAAAGUGAAAUAUGGGUCAAGCAUUCAAUGUGAGCCAGGAACCAUGUCUAUCAUCUGAUGAUGAUUGGAGUUUCAGUUCGAAAAAAAUAAACAAAGCUGACAUAAAUACUGUGGACGCCUGUGUACAACAAGAUAAUAUAUUAGAUGAUCUCGUAACAAAUGAAGGCCUUUAUGAACCUCGGAAAUUCCAAUCAUGGCAAAGAAGAAGAAAGGGAUACUAUACAUCUAGAAGAUUUGAAGCGAGGCAUGGUAUGACUGAUAUAGACCACGGGGAACCAUCAGAAAUUGAGAAAGAAGAAGACUUAAAUGAUACAUUUGGAUUACAAUUACAGUCAUCCGUUCCAUCAGAAAAACUUUUAUAUGUCGCUAAUCCUAAACUAUCAAAAUCAACAAAUGAACAAGAAAAACCACUAGAAGUUGAGAACAAACUUACUACAGAGACUGAUUCUGUUGUAGACAAAACACCUCAUGAGCUUGCUAUAAAAUCGUUUGAAGAACGUUUUUUUGCAAAAAAUCAAGCAGAGCCUAUCAAUGACAUUAUACCACUUAGAACGAAAAAAGAGGUUUAUGAAGCCCAAAACGUAUUUGCUACUAGUCCUAACAACAUGUCCGAGUCAGAUUCAGAGUUAAGAACGUAUGAAUUAGAGAAAUUCUCAAGAAAUGAUAUGAUUAUUUUCAAUCAUGAAAACUUCAUUAACGGACCGAAAAGACGAGGCACAGCUUUAGAUGUAGCUGCGUUAGAAACUACAUUUAAACAAUUUCGAUUUGAUGUGACCACUCACAAUGAUCUAACAGUAAAAGAUUUGUUCACAGAAUUGAAAAAAUUUAGCAGAAGGGACUUCAGUGCUAGCGGCUGCCUUUGCGUGGCGAUCCUGACUCACGGACAAGACCACGGCUAUCUGAGGGCAUUUGACACACGUUAUUGCGAAAGAGAUGUAAUCGCCUGCUUUGACGCUCGUCUUAAUCCCAGCUUGGUAGCCAAACCAAUCAUAUUCUUAAUUCAGGCAUGCCGCGGUCGACAACCGGCUUCGGCUGUAGAAGCGCGUUCCAUAAGUGUACAUGAUCCUAUUCAGACUGUGGAAGUAGACGCUGUGUUACCAACAGAGAAAUAUCGCAGGCCCAUGGACUCAGAUAUAAUCAUGUUUCAUAGCUCGUUCUUUGGAAGAGCCUCUAUCAGAGUGGUUGAAGAGGGCACGUGGUUUAUACAAACGCUUUGUGUGCAGAUAAGAUUGCACGCUGCAACCGAUCACUUCGAGAAAUUGUGCAGAAAGGUUCGAACCAUCGUUGCUCACAUGGAGCAUGAAGGGGCAAAGCAAAUGCCAGUAGUUACCACAACAUUACUAAAAAAGCUAUAUCUGAAGAAGACACUUUCUAGUUUAGAUAAAUCUGAGAAAUCUAAAGAUGAAAUGUGGCAACAGGCGCUGAUGAAAACACUUUCUCGUAUGCCUCGGCGUGGAAGUAAAUUCGAUCGAGUUACUUUAUUAAAAGCACCUCAACCGGGUCCUAAGAUGGUAAUUGGGGUGUAUACGAAUAAAUACAAAACUUUAAACGUCCAAUGUUAAGUUAGUUAAUUUACUACAACGGCCUGAUUCGAAGAAUGAUUAAGACACGUUUAAGAUCUUGGAAAGAUCUUUAAAAGAUCGAUAACUGAACGACAUGCCAAAAUUUACAUUUACUUCGAUUCCGCUGUGAUCCCAAUAAGAUCUAUCUACGAUAUUUCUAACGUCAAAGUGACAUUGACUGCCCGCAUCGAGCUGCUUCUGUCAAUUAUACGACAUACAAACGAUAUCUAAAUGAGAACUUAUCUAAACCAGAACUUAUCGUUAUCGUAUUGCAUUCUUCGAAUCGGGCCGUAAGAGAGGUUUGAGAUACUUUGAGAUAUGCAAGUUCUAUGAUGGUAAUUAAAACGUUAAAUAUUAAGGAGAGGAAAUGAUUAACUAAUUUACUAUAAGAGAGGUUUGAGACACUUUGAGAUAUGCGGGCAUUUUUCUCUGCCACUCUAAUUACGCCUUAAGUGGAGUAAAAGAGAAGGAUGCUCGCAAUUUACGACCUUUGGUAUUCACGGUCGGCCCUUUGAAAUCAUUUGAACAAAACAGUUCAAAUAUUGCAGAUUAUAUAUGUGUGUUUACUUUAUCUUAGUAAGUAUCAAUUCAUUUUCAUUUGGCAACAGUAAACCUAAAAAAACCUUAAGUUUCUUGCAUGCCAGAUGCUGGUGAAAUAUGUGUUAUGUAUAAUAUUGUCUGACCAUCUUUUGUACCAUAUUUCAUUCAAAAUAAAGGUAUUUUGUAUUUGUAUUUGAAAAUUUCCAUAGCAGCAGAGAAGUAAAAUCAGACCAACAUAAGAUAGCAGCGAUUUUGACAGCCCUUUGAUUUUGACAGCCAGACAGUGCAAGUUAUUUUAAACGUCAAACUUCUAUGGAAUUAUGACGUUUACGUAACACUUGCACAGGCUGGGCUAUCAAACUCGUGCAAACUUAGCUUGGUCUGACUCUAUUACGCGUGUGAUUCGUUUAAAUCAAUAACAACUCUAACAGACCAAUUGGAGUUUUAGUUAUUCGAUCUGAUUCCAAUAUGAUACUGAUCUGUCAAUGUCAAACGUGACAUUUCAUCAAGCAAAAAUGUCACUUUUGAUACUGACAGACAUUGACUGAUAUUUAAAUACUGACUGAUAGUCAAUCAAAAUAGAGCAUCUGGCUUUCCACUUCUUAUGAAUGGACAAUUCAAGCAAUGAACUUGUCCUAAUGACAAUUUUGUUAUGAUAUAUGCAUGAUAAUUAAGUGAUAUCAGUUAGAUAUCAUUCUGAUAUCAGUGUACGUUCGAAUUGGCCUGUGUAGACUGUAAUCUUCUUCAAUGGUUUUCGUUGGGUUUCGAUUAACGAGUGUAUGGAAACUGCCACGUCAUCGGCAUGCAAUCACAUGAACAAUUGCUCGAUCAAACUUGUCUGCUUUUUUCACAAAAUAACGUUAACUUGUUGUUUAAAUUUGUGCACCAGUUUAAUUCAGUUCCUGUAAACUUUGUACAGGUCCUUGGCAGAAUGUAUUAUAACGGAAUGUUAAAGUAAACCAAAAUCAAGUAAAAUAUCAGAUUCAGCAUCAGGCAGUGUCUGUUGGUAAUGUUACAUGGCAAUUGAAAUAGAUGUCAUAUAGGUAUGUAUAAUAGAAAAAGUAAGGAAGCCAUGUGAAGUGCUGAAGGCCGGAUCCGGCACUACAGACACAUACGUGUCACACCAGCCACUGAACAUGGGGUGGGUACAUGAUGGUCAUACUGAGCAUGCAAUUUACUAUGAGACCAAUCCCGAAAUCGCGAUAAAAAAUUUAACUCUCCCAUACAAGAUACCAACAUCAGCCAGCCAAAAUGUAUGUGAGACACAAUUUUAGUAAAAGUUUCUCAGUAUGACCUAUACAACGUGUACCUACUCCACUUUCAGUAGCUCAUCUAUUUCAGUUUAUAAUUUUCAAAACCUUUUGUCUUUUAUUUAUAAACAAUUGUUACGGUUGUAUAACACACUGAUACUCUUACUUUAAAAAAAAAUUUGUAUGCCCAAAUAGCUCUGUUUUAUCCGGUAGAAACUUUAUUAAACGUGAUGUUAAAAUAUUUUCAAUAAAGAAACUGUAAGUAACUAGUUUUAAGGAAAAUUUCCUGUGUUAUAUACAUACCGUGUUUUUAUUGAAUUCCGUUAACUGUAUGGGUGAGUACGUUUAAGGAAACUAAAUGUAUAUAGAAUAUAGUUUAAUUUUUUUUUGUAUUUUUAUAAAAAGUAAUUCAAUGUUACGUGCAGCGUUGUUGUAACAUGGGCAUUACAUUUAAUUCAAUCAAACAAUUGAAAACUAUGACAUAUCAAUGUUAUUUCGAACAUCGAUCGUCCGAGAUAGUACUUACGUUUAGUAGUAAAUGUACACACUCGUACUAAACACUAAUCAAUAUGUAAACAGGCCUUAAGGCAAGUGUAUACGCUCGUAAGAGCCUUAUAAGAUAUAUUAUAAAACAAAUUAUUGAUUAUCUCCGAAAUGGUUUUAAUUAGAAUACCGGUUUGAGAAAGUUACUUAAUUUAAGCUCAGGAAUGGAACCCUUGAAACUAACUGAAAUAAAAAAAACACGGUGUAUAAGUAUAUAACUAAAAAAUACUGUUUGUUUCUUAAAUAAAUAAAUGAAAGUGAAAAUAUAGACUAUGUACUUAAAAAUACAAAUACUUAAAAAAUAUAUUGCUUUGUUCCUAAAGUUGUCAAUGUUACAUGCAAAUUGUAUAUUACUAAUAAAUGCAACACUUGAAACCAUAAAGCUCUUAAACUAUUCUUCCGCGGUGACCACAACAUCGACUGUGGAUUUGAAAACUCAUUCAAGAGGGGAGUUGCAUCUAUCAAAAUUAAAGUGUAAAAGUAUCGUUAUUUAUAUAGUUUUUACCUUAAGAAAAAAACAUAAGAUUUAUACUUAAUUUCAAAAUUUUAUCGUUGUUUUAUUAUGUGUAUGUCACGUGACUGAAAACGCCGACCACCAUUUUUUCUCGUGGGUCACGUCACUAUAGCAGAUACAGCAAUAAAAUUCUAAAUCUUUAAUCUAAAAUUAUGGCGUCCUGAUAAUUGAGUCUGCCUUUUUGUUCAAAUUAAAAAAAUAGUCUUUGCAUAUAGCGAUUUUGUAUUCAUGAAAUAAACAUAUCAGUUGGCUAUCGAAGCUAUACGAAAGUUUAUAAAUAUAUUUGACAAAACAAAACAGAAUAGCCUAUUAUCGGCCCGAUUCGAAUAAUAAUGCCAUAACGAUAAGUUCUAGUUUAGAUAAGUUCUCAUUUAGAUAUCGUUUGUAUGUCGCAUAAUUGUCAGAAGCAGCUCGAUUCGGGCAACCAAUAUCAUUUUGUCGUUAGAAAUAUCGUAGAUAGGUCUUAUUGGGAUCACAGCGGAAUCGAAAUAAACGUCAAUUUUGACAUAUAAUUUAGUCAUCGAUCUGUUAAAGAUCUUUCCAAGAUCUUAAACGUGUCUUAAUCAUUCUUCGAAUCGGGCCGUAUGUAUCUUGUGCUCAUAUAAUAAAUUAGAUAUUUGUUCAUUAAAACGAAAACAGAAUAAAAUGUAAAAAAAACUGAGGUGAGCUAUACUUAUAUAGUUAUAAUAUAAUAUGGGGUAUUGCGGGAGCAAAAAUCAGAAGGACGUCUUCAUUAAAUUCAUAUAUUUAUUAAAAUUUAAUCAAAUAUUAAAACAACAGCAUUUGGGCUGAGGAGAUGUGAUCACAUCUCCUCCACGUAAGAAACUAAAUGAAUCUCCUGGAGCACUCUAAUAUUUCUAAAACUAUUUAAAUUAAAUCAUCUAUCUCUUUCUUAUCCAAUGGCACCGUUUGACUCUAACAGUUUCAUUCCGUUCCAAGCGUUCGCCAAUCUCACAUCCUACAUAAACGUAAGGCUAGAUUACAUAUCAUGUUUCCAUAUAACAAUUGAGAAUAUCUUAUCAAGUUUUGAAUAUAAUUCUAAAAACAGCAUUUUAACAAUAACUGACUAAUCCACUUGUUAUCAUUCGAUAAAGUAUCUUAUCUUCAAUUGUCAUCCGUAUUUAAUAGAAUGCAUACGCUUAUUGUGUGGGUAGUGUUGCAAAAUUUAAAAUGAACAAAGAACUUUAAAAAAAAAAAAAACUCUCGUUAUAAUAUACUAACAUGUGCUACAGAUAUGGUUACACAAGGAUAAUAAAUAGUUCACUUAUUAUCUACGUAACCUAACGUAACGUAAAUUAACGUCAAAUAUUGUUGUGUUUAUGAUUGUUCGUAUUCAAAGUGAAAUAUGAGUCAAUCAUUCAAUUUGAGCCUAGAAGAAUCUCCAUGUGGAUCAUCUGAUAAAUAUUUUAGUACCGCUUCGAAAAAAAUGAACAAAGCUGACACAAAUACUGUGGACAACGCGAUUCCUAGGUUGGAAGAUUCGAAAUCGUUUGAUGAACGUUCUUUUGGAACAAACCAAGCAGAAUCUAUCGAAGACAAAAGUAACAUUGUACCACAUGGAAUGAACAUAGGAGAUUUUGAAGCUCCAAGUUUAUUCUCUAUCAGCCCUAAACUGUUGCAACGAACAAAUGAUCAAGAAGAACCACUAAAAGCAGCUGAAAAUCAACAUGAGAUAGAUGAUGGUUAUGAAAACACAAAAGUAGCUGAUAAUGCGAUUGAUAGAAAUAAGUUUCUAGAACUUUUUGAUAGAACUCUAAACCAAUAUUAUAAUGAGGUAUUAGAUAUAGAUGAAAGCAACACAUUCCAGUCAGAUUUAGACUCAGCGACGUACGAAUUAGAGAAAUUUGAAAGGAAUGAUAUGAUUAUUUUCAAUCAUGAAAACUUUAUGAGCGAACGGAAAAGGCGAGGUACAUCUUUAGACGUAGCAGCAUUAGAAAACACUUUUAAGCAAUAUCGAUUUCAUGUGACUACCUAUAAUGAUCUAACAGAGAAUAAUUUGUUUGUUGAACUUAAGAAAUUUAGUAGAAGGGAUUUCAGUGGCAGCGGUUGUAUCUGCGUGGCGAUCCUGACUCACGGACAAGAUCACGGCUAUUUGAGAGCAUAUGACACGCGUUACUGGGAGCGAGACGUCAUCGCCUGUUUUGACGCUCGUUUAAAUUCCAGCUUAGUGGCAAAACCGAUCAUAUUCUUAAUUCAGGCUUGUCGGGGCCACCAACCGGCUGCUGUUGUAGAAGGUGUACCUAAACCUGUUCAAACUGUAGAACUAGAUGCAGUAGAACGGUUGGAUAACUAUCGGAGGCCUAUGGACUCAGAUAUAAUCAUGUUCCAUAGCUCUUUCUUCGGGCGAGCCUCUAUCAGGGUGAUCGAAGAGGGGACGUGGUUCAUACAAACGCUAUGCAAACAAAUAAGAUUGCACGCCGCCACAGACCACUUCGAGAAGUUGUGCCGAAGAGUUCGGAGCAUCGUCGCUGAAAUGGAAUAUGAAGGGGCAAAGCAAAUGCCGGUUGUUACCACAACAUUACUCAAGAAGUUAUAUCUUAAGAGGACACCGUCUAAUAACUGUACUGUUACAUAGAAACAAUGUGGCCUAACGCGCAUACGCAUAGUGAAUACGCUUUGUCUUAUGCCCUGACCAAAAAGAAAAUGUUCUUAAAGCCGAUUCAAAUUUAACAAAUUGCUACGCUUUCGAAUUAUCCUCCUGAUCAAAUUCCGCAGAGUCAUAAUUAAUAGAUUCUACUGUACAUAAUACA